GAAAGAUGUCCAAAGACCGGGCUCUAAGGAAGCAGCAGCAAUUGAAUAAUUUGGCAUCAGCAGUGGCAAAGCUUGCUAAGCCUGGAGAUGUGAUUGUGGAUUUUUGCAGUGGAGGGGGCCAUGUUGGAAUUGUUCUUGCUCACAUGAUGCCAUCGUGUCAGGUCGUGCUCAUAGAAAAUAAGGAGCUGUCUCUGAUCCGUGCUAAGGACAGAAGUGAUGAAUUAGGUUUAAACAAUGUUUGGUUCAUUCAAGCAAAUUUGGACUAUUUUAAUGGGACUUUUAAUAUUGGGGUGGCUCUGCAUGCGUGUGGCGUGGCAACUGACAUGGUGAUCGAGCACUGCAUCAAGGCACAGGCAGCCUUUGUCAUCUCCCCUUGUUGUUAUGGCUUCAUUCAAAACACAGUGAAGUUUCAAUACCCACGAAGUCAUCAGUUCAAAGAAAUUUUGUCCUAUAAGGAGCACAUGACCCUUUGCAGAUUUGCAGAUCAGACAGCUGUUCAGCUUCCACCUGAACGCAGGCUAAUUGGAAAGCAGUGUAUGGGGCUUGUGGAUUUGGAUCGGGCGUGGGCUGCGGAAGAACAGAACUACUCUGUCCAAGUUAUAUCUAUGGAGCCAGAGAGUUGUUCUCCAAAGAACAAUAUGCUUGUGGGCAUCCCUACUUAGACCGUGAAACUUGCAUUUGAUUUGAACUUGAACAUAAAUCUUCAGUGCGUAAUGACAUCCAGCAGAUACAAGCAUAGCUGGGAACCAGACACUGGGCCCAUUGUGUUCGAGAAAGGAAGCAGCACAGAAAGUCUUAAGAAGUGAAGUGCAUGCAGAGCAUCACAAAUCGUACUUGUAAUGUGUCAUUAAGCAACUUUUGGUUCUCUUCCUGAGAAGCUUCUCAAUCUAAUGACUGUGUGUGGAAUCAUAUCCAUCUGCAAAGGUUUAAAAAGCAGUUGGUCUUGUUGAAGAGAAGGUGAUUUCCUUUUUAGUAAAGCUGUCUUGGCUGCUUCAAAAUUGCAUUUGUGGUCAAAACUGCAUUUGCGUUUAUAAGCAGAGCACUCACCAGCCAAUAGUGCAGAUCAUUAGAGGAGCAAAAAAUAUCAAAUUUAUGGUGUCAGUGAAGAAGGCUGUGCAACAGGUGGUGGCUUGACUUUGCUAAAGAAUUCCAUACUUCUGUAAGAAAACUUUUUAAUAAAAGUUCACCAGAAUA